GCUGUUCCCCAUUAAUGGCCAAUCCAAUUCCAACCCAGUUUCAUGAUUUUACCCAAUCAAAACAUUCCAAACAUCAAUUACAAUACGAAAACGACAAGAUUUUACAUAAGAAUUGUUUCUUAUUUGACAGAUAGAUUCCAAUUGCUGGCGCCACCCCCUAAAUCUAUCGUCCGUGCAACCAGCUCAUUCCGCACGGAUGACUAUACAUCUUCACCUUCCAGCCUGUUCUAUUCCACCAUACGUAUAUUCUGUAUAUAUAUAUACGCCCUUUUGACCCCCUAGUGAACCUCUUGAUUUCUUGUUUCACUGUUGAGGGUUUUGCACGGAAAGGCAAAUGGAUCCGUGUCCUUUCGUUCGGAUUGUUGUGGGGAAUCUGGGGUUGAAGUUUAUGGGCUCGUCGGUUUCGCAAUCUUGUUAUUGUAAGUUUAAGCUUAGAGGGUUUAAUACUCAGUAUUCGAAUGUCCCUUUGCUUGUUCAAGAAAGUGAUGCGAUUGAGAGCAGGAACCAUGCUUGUUUCAACUUGAGCAAGACGGAGCUUGAAAAACUAGUGGAAAAAUCGAGUUCUAAUGGGAAAUUUCCCAGUUUGAAGAUCGAGAUUUAUGGGGGGAAUCGGGUGAAAAAUUGUGGGUUCGUGAAAAAUGGGAAGCUUUUGGGUUGUAUUGUUUGCCAGUUGAAUUUGAAAGGGGUUUUGGAAAGUGGGAGUAAUAGAGGGUUAUUGAUUCAAAAUGGAUGGGUUUUGAUUAAUGGGUCUGAAGCAAAAUUACAUUUAAAUGUGAAAGCAGAGCCUGAUCCAAGAUUUGUAUUCCAGUUUGAUGGAGAACCAGAGUGUAGUCCUCAAGUUUUUCAGGUCAAAGGAAAUGUUAAGCAGCCUGUUUUUACUUGCAAAUUCAGUUUCAGAAGUUCUGGAGAGAGGAAUUUGAGAUCCAGGUAAUUAUUCUAAUUUUUUUCUUGUCAGUUUUAAUAAUUUGAAUUCUUGGAAUUGAUUACUUUAAUGAGAUUUUCCUUACUGUUUAUUA